GGAGGAUCAGCAGCCUCUGAGGGACAGCUCAUACAUGCAGGACUUAUUUUAUAGAGCAUCUCCUUAAUUAUCAUUAAUGAUCUCUGAUCUGAAGAGAUUAUAGUGCAGUUAUAACUCUUACUUUACUUUAAGGGGAUCAGUAGGUUGUGGGUUCAGCACCACGACCCCAGCGGACAGCUCCCCGCCCACCCAACCUCCUGCUCUCUCUCUCUCUGUUUAUAUCCAGCUUAUAUCGAGUUAUAUCGCGUUAUAUCGUGGUUUUCUUCUUCAGCUUUCAUCUCCAGCGUGUUUUUUCAGCUUUUCAGUACUAAAGCCAUGGCUGAGAGGAGGCUCCUUCCCCGGGAAGAUGAUCAGUGCUCGCUGCUCUCCAGGCUGGGCACGGACAGCCCCAAACCGCGCGUGAAGUUCGGCGGGAUGUUCUGCAACAUCGAGGGCGCUUUCGAGAACAAGACGCUGAAUUUCGAGUCGUUCAGCCCGGACUCGGUGAGGAGGAGCUCCAGGGCGCGGCUGCAGGACGCGGAGGACUCGGCCAGUGUCAGCGGCGUGUCCUGCGUGUCCAGCGUGUCCUGCGUGAGCCGCGCGCAACCGCAGCCUCCCGUUACGCGCAGCCACACCGUGGAGCAGCCCGCGGCUUACAGACGGGCUCCACGCGACAAGCGUGAGGGUGAUAAACUCAUCAUCAAAGGCGGGAAGAUCGUGAACGAUGACCAGUCCUUCUAUGCUGACAUUUUUAUUGAGGAUGGGACCAUCAAACAGAUUGGUGAGAACCUCAUUGUGCCCAGUGGGGUGAAGACAGUGGAUGCGUACGGGCACAUAGUCAUCCCUGGCGGCAUUGACGUCAACACCAGCCUGCAGGCUCAGCACAUGGGCAUGAGCCCAGCUGAUGACUUUUAUCAUGGAACCCGCGCUGCGCUGGCAGGAGGAACCACCAUGAUCAUUGACCACGUUGUACCAGAGCCGGGCGCUAGUUUGCUGGCUGCUUUUGACCAGUGGAGGGAUGUGGCAGAUAAGAGGUCUUGCUGUGAUUACUCUCUGCACAUAGACAUCACCCGCUGGCACGAGGGCAUGUUCGAGGAGCUAGAGACGCUGGUCAAAGAUCAAGGCGUUAAUUCAUUCCUGGUUUUCAUGUCCUACAAGGACAGGUUUCAGAGCUCAGACUCACAAAUGUAUGAGAUUUUUGGUAUUCUGAGAGAUCUGGGAGCUAUUGCGCAAGUUCAUGCUGAGAACGGCGAUAUUAUUGAUGAGGAGCAGAAAAGGCUGUUAGACAUGGGCAUCACCGGCCCUGAGGGGCAUGUGCUGAGCCACCCGGAGGAGGUGGAGACAGAAGCUGUGUAUCGAGCCAUCACCAUCGCCAAGCAGGCCAACUGCCCGCUCUACAUCACCAAAGUGAUGAGUAGACCUGCUGCUGAUGUCAUCGCCAAGGCCAGGAAAAAGGGAAUGGUCAUUUAUGGAGAGCCAAUCGCAGCCAGUCUCGGCACUGAUGGGUCACAUUACUGGAGCCAAAACUGGGCUAAAGCCGCCGCCUUCGUUAUGUCUCCGCCCCUCAGUCCAGAUCCGGCAACCCCCGACUACCUCAACUCCAUGCUGUCCUGUGGAGAUCUUCAGGUGACGGCCAGCGCUCACUGCACGUUCUCCACAGCUCAGAAAGCUGUAGGAAAAGACAACUUUACACUCAUCCCUGAGGGAACCAAUGGCAUCGAGGAACGCAUGAGCAUCGUGUGGGAUAAGGCUGUGGCUUCAGGUAAAAUGGAUGAGAAUGAGUUUGUGGCGGUGACCAGCACCAACGCAGCCAAGAUCUUCAACCUGUACCCUCGCAAAGGCAGAAUCGCAGUGGGAUCUGACGCAGACCUCGUCAUCUGGAACACCAAGGAGACCAAAACCUUCUCAGCCACAUCCCACAAUUUAACGGUGGAGAUGAACAUCUUCGAGGACAUGGAGUGCCGGGGCUUCCCCGUGGUGGUCAUCAGUCAGGGCAGGAUCGUUCUGGAGGACGGGAAGCUGGAUGCGAUGGAGGGUUCGGGCCGAUUCGUCCCCAGGAAGGCCUUCCCAGACUACGUCUACAAGAGGAUUAAAGCGCGCAGCAGGAUGGCGGAGGCUCGUGGUGUUCCUCGGGGUAAUUAUGACGGUCCUGUUCAUGACGUCAUCAGCAUGACCAAGUCUGUUCCUCCGACUCCCACCACUAGAGGCCCCUCUUCCUCAGGCAAGAACACUCCAGGACCAGCCCGGAACCUCCACCAAUCAGGAUUCACCCUGUCCGGCACUCAGAUGGACGACCACAUCCCCCGGCGCACGGCACAGAGGAUCGUAGCGCCCCCUGGAGGCAGAUCCAACAUCACCUCCCUGUCAUGAGUGGGUUCCAAUAUGGGAAAAGGGCAUCUGGCAAAAAAAUCCAAUUUCCCUUUGACUUCCAUUUAACAGUAAUAUUAAUGAUAAUAAUAAUCAUAACCAUGCAAGAAACAUUUUAUUCACUACCUUUAAACACACACUGCAAUUCCCCCCAUACACGACCCGUCCAGUACACAGCCAGGAGGAUAGCAUGACUUACAACAUGACCAAUUCCUGUUCCCUCAAACUCUCUUCUCAUCUAAAAUCCUCAACCCAAAUCAGACCUGUCACGAUAAUUACAGCUCUGGAAUAAAAUAAGAGAGCACUUAAAAAUAAUGAGUUUCUUUGAUUUUACCAAAUAAAAAAACCUCUGGAAUAUAAUCAAGAGGAAGAUGGAUGAUCACAAGCCAUCAAACCAAACUGAACUGCUUGAAUUAUUUUGCACCAGGAGUAAAGCAGCAUAAAGUUAUCCAAAAGCAGUGUGUAAGACUGGUGGAGGAGAACAUGAUGCCAAGAUGCAUGAAAAAAAAAAAAAACUGUGAUUAAAAACCACCAUGGUUAUUCCACCAAAUAUUGAUUUCUGAACUCUUAAAACUUUAUGAAUAUGAACUUGUUUUUUUGCAUUGUUUGAGGUCUGAAAGCCAUUUCUCAGCCGUUUCUCAUUUUCUGCAAAUAAAUGCUCUAAAUGGCAAUAUUUUAAUUUGGAAUUUGGGAGAAAUGUUGUCUGUAGUUUAUAGAAUAAAACAACAAUGUUCAUUUUACUCAAACAUAAACCUAUAAAUAGCAAAAUCAGAGAAACUUUUUCAUUUAGCUUUUAAAUUUUUUUCCAGAGCUGUAUAUUUCGUACAAUCUAAUAUAUGUGCAUUGUGUUUAGUCGCAUGCAUUUUCAUAUAAAAAUUAUUUUGAAUGCAAACUAAAAAUCAUUAUAGCCCCUAGAAUAUUACAAAUUAACAGUUUGUUCAAUUAUUCUUUAAUCCUUUCAGACCUGAAUUCUGUUCCAGUGCUGAAAUAAAAUAUAUAAAUGCUGUUUUUUGUCUGUAAUGCACAAUGCAUUAAAAAAAAAAAAGUUUUUAUCUAGUUUCCUUUGCUAUAAUGCUGCUGUGCCCUAAUAUGUCUGAGCCCCUGUUCUUUUCUAGUGCAGAGGGCGGGACUAAGCUACUGUUCCAAUGGCUUGUAAACAUUUUCAUUGGCUGGUUUAUUCUGGUAUAUUCUCAUGGACAUUAUGUCUUAAAUUGUGUUGAUAGAUAUGUUGUCACAAUAGAGCAUUUUGAAACCAAAAAAAAAAAAUAAUAGUAAUAAUGAUAAUGUUCAUUGUAAUGGAUGCAGGGUCUGAAAGUGUUAAAAUGAUGCAUUUUUUGGAUUGUUCUGCUAUUAUAUGGUCAUUUUUAUCAAUUAAUAUGCCACAAAAAGGUUUUAAAAUGACAGAAAUUCAUUUAUUGCAAUUAUUUCUGGGAGAAAUUUUCAAUACACAAAAUAUUAUCGUGACAGGCCUGAUCCAUAGUGUAGCAUGCAACAUUUACCACAUACCACAUAGACCGCAGGCUCAGUUACACCCAUUCUAUCAGCUUUAGCAAACGAGUAGCAUUGAUAACGUGAUGCAGGUGAGUAGUUGGUGAUUGUAGUGUCUGUAAAACACUGGAAGGAUCGUAUCCCAGUGCUGCCUUUAAACCAGUGCUUUUUUUCUGUCUGCUCUCGUUCAGUUUCAUCGAGACUGACCAGUUUCCAGAGGGGCUCUCUGUCGGUGUCUUUAUUUUUAGAAAGCUGCCUGUAGAUUGUCUUAAACUCAGAUGUCAUUUGUUAGAGUUAGGUUCGUUGAACACAUGUUUAAAUGUCAGUGAAAAGUGAAAAGAGCCAGUGAGCCAGUGAUCAAGCAUCUGCCUUCCUUAUUGAUUGAUUGAUGAUGGUUUUAAGAUAAAUGUGUUUUUUUAAAAGGCCUUAUUUUAUUGAGAAUGGAAAAUAUUGUCACUGUCAUGCAAAAAAAAAAAUCUGUAUUUUAAAUAGGUUUGGGGUGUAUUUAUUAAAACAUGAUAAAAAGUCUUUACCUUUGUUGAAAAGCUCUCCUCCGCUCUCCUGCAGCUUUCUGAGAUCCAGCAUUUUGUGCACUUUGCCCAAACAGGCUUUAGAAUGAGUGAGACGGGGCAUACGCAUAUAGUUUACCCUGCAGAUAAAUCACUUUUUUUAACGUUAUUCAGCCUAAUAGUAGCUCCACAUUUCAUUGGUAAAAUCUGGAAAGCUCCAACAUUAAAAACUAGAAGUUUAGAACUUUAAAACUGACUUAUUGACUUAUUGUGACUUAAAUUUAAGAUGGUGUCACCCAUAGAUUGACCUAUGCUAUGGGUUAAAAACAGUUUUUAAUGCUUGGUUUUAAAUGUCAGAGCUCUUUGGAUUCUACCAAUGAAGUUUGGCGCUACUUUGAGCUGGAUAACGGUGGAAAAAGCAAUUUAUCUGCAGAAAUCUGCAGCAAAAUAUGCCCCAUCUAAACUAUUCUAAAGCCUGUUUGGGCAAAGUGCACAAAAUACUGGAUCUCAGAAAGAGCUAUUCAACAAAGGGAAGUACUUUUUAUCCCGUUUUUUAAUAAAUACACCCAAAGUCCAUUUCACACCAGAGUUCUCCUUUAAUGUCUUUAAUCUAUGCCAGUUUCGCUUUAUAUUGUGUCCAAAUUUCAUGAUUUAAGAGUAAAUAGAAAGGCUUUAAAAUAAAAUAAGAAUACAAUAUAUUGUUACAAUGACUUCCAUUGAAAGUUAAGCAGAUAAAGUUGCAAUAAAGUAAGAUAUACAUGGAUUUUGCAUGACAGAAACAAUAUAUACAAAGAAUUAGGACUCCUAAUGAAAACCUUUCUCGGUCUAUGAAGAUCAGAUGUUCAUAGUUUGGUUCUGGCCCAAUCCCAUUUCUCUCUUAUAUCCCUACCCCUUGUUUUCAAGUGCUAGUCAAUUUUAGCUUUCAUUUUAUUUAAUUAAUUCAAUUCCACCUUAAAUAGUGCAGCCUCUACCAUCUGUUGUGCCAUUUAAGGUGGAAUGGGAGAGUUAGAUAGCUAGCUAUCUAGCUACUGAGGUUAAAUAUUAUUUAAUCAUUUUUAAUGCUUGUUUUCAAGAAAUUUAACAUAGAAUGUUGAAAAUACACAUUAAAUUAUCAUUAUAUAGAGCUUAUCUUCAUUUUUAACAAGGAAAAUACCCAAAUUUGUUGGUUUCUUUGGUUGCUUGUGCUGCAUCAUCUUUUCAGUGAUUCUCAUAGUCCUCUAAAAGCAAUUUUCCACCAAACGACCUCUGGUUCUUGAACCACUUCCAUUCGGGUUUAUUUGAAAGAAUUAUGGGACUUUUUAGUAAAUCAGCCCACAUUUUCACCAGUUUUAGUGGAACCGUCAUAACAUUAAUUCAUAAAUCAUCAACAGAGGACGCUGUCAUCAUGGUUUGCGCUAAAGAACCUAGAAUUCUUCGGUUCCCACUGCGAACGGAUGUUUCUGGUUCUAGAACCUACUUUUGUUGCUGGAAACACGGCAAACCGGUUCAAAAUUAGGUUCCCAAUCCAGAAUGGAGGCGAUUCCACUGUGGAAAAGUGGUAUUUUUGGAGCGUUCCUCUGAAAAAUCUCUGUAGACUCUUAGACACCUAAGAAGAAUAAGGAAACCCAACACCUAGAAGUAAAUGUGCAAAACAGAGGGUUAGGGCUAAGUGGUGAAAUGGGAUUGGGCCUAUUUUUACCCUUUCAAUAGAAAAUCUCCAGGUUUUUAUUGAGUAUCCUAAUUUUUGACUUUUGACUGAUUGUUGGUGUGCAUUAAAAACAAUGUUCUACAGGUGUAAAGCCACUCAUCAUUGCCAUUUCUCCACUCACCUAAAUACGCUCAUUUUUGUAAGUUUUUAAGACGAAACAUUUGGUGCUCUUAAACGUGUAACUGUGAAGAAUAUAGACCACGUUCUGACGCUAGCUCUGAUUCAGAAUCGCCUUCCCGAUGUAAACCUCUCGUUUUUACUUGUCGAAGGGUCUGAAAUACGCAUACGGCCUCUUUUAUAGAUACAAUAAAACAGAUGGACGCUGUUAUCCAGAGGCGUAGUUGUGUUUAAUGUGGUGUAAAUUGGUGAGCAGUUUUUAAAGGGCAGCCUGUGGUCAGUGAUGCUCCGUUGAAAGGAAACCAGUCAGCAGAUUUUCACUGUUUUCUACUCUUUCUGUGUUCAGACUGUAAAUACGUCUCUUAUGUUCCUAACUGUGCAUGUUCCGCAUGUCCUCAAUAAACUGAUUUUUUUGGGAAAAGAA